AUGCGCUAUGCUUGACAUUGACAUAUAUUUGACAGAUCAGAUGGUACAAAGAGAAUUUUGAGAUAGAUUUGUUUGUGUGUAUUCAAUACUGUAAAUUAUGGAGAAUAUACAAGUAGUUACCCAAGAUUUUGUGAACGUGCAUAUCACGAAAUCUGACGCUGAUGUCGGAGCCCCAGUUGAAAGGCGUUUCAAAAAAGGAAUAACAGUCUCCGAGUUUAAGACGAAGCUAGAACUUGUUACCGGAGGCAAUGCUACCACAAUGAAACUGAAGUUGUUUGACAGUAAAAACAAUUAUGUGUGUGACAUAGACAAUGACAAUGCCCUGAUCGGGUCCUACCCAAUAGAUGAUGGAAUGAGGAUACAUGUGGAGGAUAAAUUUGUAUUGCUCAGUGAUGUUAGUUCAUCAGAUAGUGCAGAAAGAUUUCGUUUGUCAGAAGAGGAGUAUGAAAAGAAAGGAGACACUGUGCGCUCAUUCCUGCAGCGGAACAGGCUCGGCAAGUACAAUGAGGAGGAGAUGGCUAAAAUGAAGGAGCAGCAGCAGAAGGAACUGGAGGAGGAAGCAAGGUUGGCAGCGGCGGUGCUUGUAGGCGCGCGUUGCGAAGUGCGCGUCCCGUCGCAAGGCGUACGGCGGGCGACAGUGCGGUACAACGGGCCACUAGAGGGCGCUAAAGGAUUGUGGAUCGGCGUGCAGUAUGACGAGCCGCGCGGCAAGAACGACGGCGAGGUGAACGGCAAGCGGUACUUCACAUGCCCUCCGAAAUACGGCGGCUUCGUCAAGCCAGCCUACGUCACCGUCGGCGACUUUCCCGAAGAGGAGUUUGAUCUCGACGAUGAAAUAUGAUCGCGAUCAGUGAAAACGCUUGUUCAUUUUAUAAAUUUAACGUCAACCUCUGCAUUCGUAAAAUUCAGCUUCGCGAUGUACACCCAGCCGCAAAAUUGCAUGGGUACUUUACGAGUAAAUUAAUUAAUAAUGUAUCUAUGCGAUUGACAUAUAUCCAAGGCCGGGCCUUACGUGCAAUAAGAAUGGGGCCAGUACAGCGGUGUCACGCACACGAAUUCCAGCCAAUUGCGCAGUCUAACGCCACAACAUGAUUGGUUGAUGAGUUCGCAUCACGCGCGCGAUUGGUCGAAACUAGUUGCGUUAUGCACGAUUAGCUCGAAUACGUGAGUGACACCACUGAACUAGCACCAUUCUUAGUGCCCGUAAGGCCCGUGCUUAGAUAUAUGUCAAUAGUCUACGCAAUUUUACAGCUCGCUAUACGGUGAACAGCAGAAGUUACUAAGCCUACGAAGUGUUCAAUAGGAAAUGACUUGCUCUCUUAACUUUAAAAUUUUGUGCGAAAACUGCUUAGUAAUAUUUGCUGCGAACUGUACAUCCACUCAUGUGAUACAUUAAAUGGUUGCAUUUAUUUUUCGUAUACGUAUAGCUUGUGGGCAAGUUAACUUACCACUUAUAAGUUUGCAAGACGUGAAGACUGAUGGAGUGAGGUUAUUAUUAUGUAUUUUUUGUGGUGUACUAAAAUUAUGAUUUUAUGAAAUACUUAACAAAUGGUCAUUUUAGAAAUAAAAAUAAAUACUCAAUAAAUUCUUCAUGAUA